UUUGAACAAUUUCAAAUGAAUCCAUUUAUGAUUACGAUAUAAAAGACAUCAUCAUCAUUUUGUACUCAAAUUGCAACCAUUGUAACUUCGUGCAGCCUGAUUUCUUGCAUUCCUGUAACUGAUCCAACUUUAUAUCAGAAGGUAUACAGAAAAGAUGGCAGAAUUGGCCAUACAUUUCACCAUGAGUUCCUCUAUGAAUUACUCGCUAAACGAAACACAAAUGUCCAAUGGCCUGUUGAACCGCGAAGUUGAAAUUCUCCGCAAUCGCUUUUUUGUCAUUUGCCUUAUCUCCGCUUUCUAUCUUUGUUGUCUAUCAGUUCUGACGACUCUUUCGAACUGUGCACUGUUGGUAGUCCUUUAUGAAGACCCAUUCAAGACAUUUCGUCAUCCUCCAAACGUUUUCAUCUUCGGAUUAGCUCUGGCGGAUUUUUUCACCGGAAUCGCAGUGGAUCCACUAUUUGCGUAUUUUUACUUUAAACUCUACAAAGAUACAUUCAACGACGAAGAUUACAACCGCACUUUAAAACUGGCUGGUUUCCUGUCUGGUAUAACAAUGAACGUGUCUUGUCUAACAAUUUUGUCUCUCUCUUGGAUGCAGUUUAUUGCGAUUACGUUUCCACACCGCCACAAACAGCUUGUUACGACGAAAAGGGUAGUAGCUUGCGUUUGCGUUAUAUGGGUUUACUCGCUGCUAUUCUCCUGCUCGUUUUUAUUGGGCAUUCCAGAGAAAAUUAUCCAAAAGAUAGACGUAUUUUUUAAUCUGUCCUUCACAAAUUUUCUCGUCCUCCUCUCGUAUAUUGCGCUACACAUUUCGUACCGUCGUCAAGUUGCUCGUUUAUCUCCGUGGCAGAUCGAUGGCACUUCGGAAUAUCGAAGAAAACGAGACCAGAAACAUUUUGUUGUGGUAAGCUUACUUCUUGCUACAUGUCUACUGAUUUUUGUCGUUCCUGUGACUGUUAUGUGGUAUUUGACGCUUUACUGGAGACCAGAGACUUACGAAGCACAAAUCAAGGCUACAAUGGCGAAUAUUACUAUAGACACGACUCUAUUUCUUAAGUUCCUCAUUGAUCCGUUUAUCUACGCUUGGCGACUUCCUAAAUUUAGGCAGGCAAUGAAAGCAAUUUUUUUGAAGAGACGUCGGGCGUCCUCCAACGGAGCUGUGAAUUUAACUUUGUACAAUUUAAACAUUCAUCCAUCUUCUAGUAAAGUCAGCUGACAUAUUUGCAGGCUUUAAGGGAUUCUUUUGUUUUCGAAACAAGAAUGAUCAGUUUUAAGAGAUUUUGACUUCACUUCUCAAGUCAAUUCAAUGACAAUUUAAAACCGAGAUAUUUCUGUUCCAAUAAAAAAACACAGCCAUUUCAAUUUAAUGUCAGCUAUUAUCCUUGAAGAUGUAAACUUUUCCGUCAAAUUUGCGCAACAUUGGCUGUCAAACAAAGUUAUCUUUUCAGAUGUAGACCAAGGAAUCGUUGGCGACAAUUCCACCAAACAUGGGUAAACCAAACAUAGUUUUUUUUUUUUAAUAAAAAGAUAUUUCACCUAUUUCUGCUUAUGUGUACAACAUUAAACAUCGCUAUUGCGGCUAUUAACUUUUUUUUUUCUUUAUGGAGCCAGGUGAAAAAUUCGAGUACGUACACUGACUGAACUCAUAAAAUUUCAGC